AUGAGCUGUAAAUCAACCGAAAAUACGGUCGGGGACAAACGCCGCUUUCAACUACGUGCCAUAGAGCGCUUGUGUGGUGUUGACCCGAAUGUGUCCGUCGCGUGCUGCCACGCCAUUGCCAUCAGCGGGGACAUGGACCAAUUAAUGCGAUUCCUGCCGACGGCUGUAAUGCGCACGUUCAACCGGCACCCACGUAUGCGAGCCAUAAUAGUGCGGGACGAGAAGUUUACGGGUGAAGUGCAACCGCAGAUCUCCCUAGACGACGUUACCGCCAAGAGACUUUUGCGGGUUCGUGAAAUCUCCGACUCGGAGGAAGAUGUCACGGCCUGGAAAAACUGGAACCAGUUCGUGCAGACGAACACCCAUAUUCCGUUCGACCGCUAUACACAGUUCAUGUUUUACCUCACGGUGUGGGUGAACUGGGCGGAGGGCAAGGCUCGUUUUUUCCUCUUUUCAGACCACAUCAUGUCGGACGGAGAGUCGGGACAAAUCUUUGUGAAUGACACACUGGAAGACGUUGCACUACUAUCAAUUGAGGCGGUGAAACCGGUGCGUGAGUUUCCGCUGCGUCCGUCACUCUACGACAUGUGGUCCGCGGGUCCAUGGUGGCUCAAGCCACUGGCUAGGACCAUGCUGAAGUUCAUUGUCGGUCCAGCUUAUGUCAAGUUCGUGAAAGUGUUCCAACCUUUGUUGACCUCUCGCGAGGACCAAAAGGACUUUGGUAGUCCGUUUGUGCAGAAUAGCACGACGCUGAUGAGCCAGGCUGGCGAUCCGACCAACAUGCGCGAUACCCUACGAAAAUGCAAAGAAGAGGGCGUUACGCUUGGAGGGGCUCUCAUUCCGAUGCUCAUGCUUGCAUUCUACCACGCUAGCAACUUUGAACGCAAGCUAAAGGGUAUUGACAACAAGACCGACGACGACGUGUUUCGAUUUGUGGCGGAUGUUUGCUACAAUAUGCGUCAGCGUGUACCAGAGCCUGCUGAGGAGAGACAAGUGGGUUUGUACGUGAGUAAUUUUCCACUUGUGUGGCUAGCUACGGAGGGUGUAAACAUGAAGAGUGUAAAGUUCUGGGACCUUGCUCGAACUUCAAAGAUCCAGAUGGAAGCACGAGAAAACAAGCCCCUGGAGAUGGCAAUGCCGUCUUUCUUUAUUGAGAAAAAGUUCAGUACAAAGCACAAUGUUGACAAAGCUUCUUGGUGA